CGAUAUGAUCUUCCAGCUGUAAAGCGAGCACAUUGCCUUUAUUUCAAUAAUAAAUCUGAAAGAAAUGCAUCGCAGGAAGACCGCAAAGUCAAUAAAUAAACCACCGCCAAUUCAGGGACCAGCAAAGAAGCCGGUGGUGGCGACGUCGGCUGAACCGGGCCCGGCAUUAGACGGUGAGAGCGUCAUUCAAUUCGAGCUGGAGCUCUGCUGGUGUGUUCAGCAGCUACAGACAGCCCUUGACGGCGGCAAGCUGAGCCAAAAAGUUGCCGAAGAUACUGCCAAGAACCUUAAAAUUCUGACAAGCCAAACGGCGCCACUCAUCAAGAAGCGGCAGGUGAUGAAGCUCUCCAUGGGAGAUUACCGUUCCAAGAUGCAACAGGAGGAACGAAAAAUGAUGCUAGCAUCCAAGCAAAUAAAGUUCACACCCUCCGCUGACACAAAUAAAAAGUCCAGCUUUGUGAAGAAGUCGGCGCUUCUAACAUCCGGAAAGGAUUUUCGCUUUGAAUUUGCCCUGCCCACCGCUACCGAUACUAAUGAGACUGCUCCAGAACCCGCCCAGCAGACGGCAUCCCACCCACAGUCUGAUCUCUCAUCGCUUCGCAGCAGCCUGCAGCAGGAGAGCACGGGAAGCCAGUUUAAGUUCAACUUUACCAUCGCGGAUGACCAUGCGAACGACAUCAACUUUAGUGGCCUAAAACUGAACAGUUGAUUGAAACUUGAAUAAACUAAAUCCUACCAUUAUGCCUGUGAGUACAGACUUACUGGGUGCAUUAAACGCAA